UCUCAUUUCUAUAUUAAAUAUAGUAUCUCUUAAAUCUCUCUGUUGUACCGUUCCUGCCCAUCCUGUGCACUACACACACCACGACUUCCUCGAAAAACAACGGUGACAAAAGCACCAUAAGCCAGAGCAUGAAGAGUUUCGUAGGAAAUACGAUUGAGAUAUGCAUUGCUACUCGUGACCACAAACAUACCAUUGAAGGUAUACUGCGCUUUGGUAUUGGGCCGUGGAAGACCUAUACCUUCAACCCCGAAAACACCACGAACCAGACAUAUCGUGGCAAACCAUCUCCAUUCACCAUGAAGGUAUGCUUUGCGCAGACACAGAAUAUUGCCUACGAAAUAAUACAGCCUAUCUCAGGCCCAAAUAUAUUUGAUGAAUUCCUUGAUAAGCAUGGGGAGGGCGUGCACCAUAUAGCAUUUGACUGCAAUGGAAUCCCAUGGGAAGAACGAGUGGCCGGUUUCAAAGAGCGUGGGUUUCAGGUUGCACAGUCAGGCAGUUGGGAGGGAAAAUGCCAUUUUGCCUAUUUGGAUUCGGAAGAUGCUACCACUACUUGUUUUGAAACUAUUCUCUUUGAGGAAGGGGGGAGGAUCCUGUAGCUGAUGAGGAGUACGAUCUUACAAAGUAGUUUAGUUAAUCUAGUGG